AUGGAGACUGUUGCCCUCCAAGGAAACUCAUCAUCUCACAGCACAGUCAACGCAGAGCUCCUCUCUCAGACUGGCUACACAGUGCUGGCCAUUAUCAUGGGUGUGUUUUCUGUGGCGGGGAUCAUCCUCAAUGUCCUGGUGAUUGUUGUGACGGUGAAACACAGACAGCUAAGGCAGCCGUUGAGCUACGCCCUGGUAAACCUGGCUAUAUGUGACUUGGGCUGUGCUGUGUUUGGGGGUCUGCCCACCACAGUAACCAGUGCCAUGGGAUACUUCAGCCUGGGACGUGUGGGCUGUGUGUUAGAGGGCUUUGCUGUUGCCUUUUUCGGUAUAGCAAGUCUGUGCACAAUUGGAGUCAUUUCUGUUGAACGCUACAUAGUGGUCUGCUAUCCUAUGGGCGCUGUCCUGUUCCAGACCAGACAUGCAGUUGCUGGAGUGGUGCUGUCCUGGGUGUGGUCGUUUGUGUGGAACACUCCACCUCUCUUUGGUUGGGGAAGUUAUGAGCUGGAGGGGUUAAAGACUUCCUGCGCCCCUAACUGGUACAGCCGGGAUGCAGGGAACAUGUCCUACAUCAUCAUAUACUUUUUCCUUUGCUUUGCUCUUCCAUUCUCCAUCAUCACGGUGUCCUACACGCGGCUCUUGUGGACCCUUCGUCAGGUGACCAAGCUGCAGGUAUCUGAGGCUGGCAGCACAAAUCGUGUGGAGGUGCAGGUGGCACGUAUGGUAGUGGUCAUGGUGUUGGCCUUCUUAGUCACCUGGCUGCCAUAUGCUGCCAUGGCCUUAGCUGUUAUCAUAGACUCCAGUCUAUAUAUCGACCCUGUUAUCGCUACCAUACCUGUUUAUUUGGCUAAAAGCAGCACUGUCUACAACCCCAUCAUAUAUGUUUUCAUGAACAGACAGUUUCGAGGAUACGCUGUUCCCACCGUCCUGUGUGGAUGGAACCCGUGGGCCUCAGACCCGCAAAUGUCUGAGGGUGAGACCACUGUUGCCACUCUGAGCAAGAGCCAAAAAGUCUCACCUAAAGAAUCUUUAAAAGAAUAA